CACGCCUCCGUCAGCUGACCAGUGAGCCGCUGCGGAAUUAACGCUAUAUUUUCAUUAAUAACACCGACAGAACGAUCAUGAGGCGAUAAAUAUCCGCUCCGUAUCACAGAAAACAUGACAGGAAACAGUCUGGUAUUACCCAUCGUUCUGUGGGGCCGUAAUGCUCCCACUCACUGUAUCUCCAGUCUGCUGGUGAUGGACGAUCUGUCCACCAUCAUCACCGGCUGCCAUGACGGACAGAUCUGCAUCUGGGACAUGACCUCAGAACUGAAGAUUAAUCCUCGCGCUCUGCUGUUCGGUCACAUGGCCUCCGUCACCUGUCUGUCCAAGGCCAGCGCAGGAAGUGACAAGCAAUACCUCGUCAGUGCUUCCGAGAGCGGAGAAAUGUGUUUAUGGGAUGUCAAUGAUGGACGCUGUAUUGAGUUCACAAAGCUGGCCUGUGCACACACCGGUAUACAGUUUUAUCAGUUCACCAUUGGCACACAGAGGGAGGGACGUCUCCUGUGCCACGGACAUUACCCAGAAAUCCUAGUGAUGGACGCUACCAGCCUUGAGGUCCUGUACUCGCUAGUGUCCAAGAUUUCACCUGACUGGAUCAGUUCUAUGGGCAUCAUUCGCUCACACCGCACGCAAGAGGACACAGUUGUAGCUGUAUCUGUCACUGGUAUUCUGAAAGUGUGGAUCAUCACCGCUGAUGUCAGCAGAAUGCAGGAUCUGGAUCCGGUGUUUGAGGAGGAGUCAAAGCCGAUCUACUGUCAGGGUUGCCAGAGUAUUUCCUUCUGCACUUUCACACAGCUUUCUCUGCUGGUGGUGUGCUCAAAGUACUGGAGGGUGUUUGAUGCUGGUGAUUUCUCUCUUCUUUGUUCGGUCCCGAGUGAGAACAAUCAGUCUUGGGCAGGAGGAGAAUUUAUUUCUGCUGAUAAAGUGAUUAUAUGGACUGAAGAUGGACGCAGCUACAUUUACAAACUACCAGCCAGCUGUCUCCCGGCGAGUGAACAUUUCCGCACUAAUGUGGGGAAGACGACGGAGGGUUCCAUUCCUCCUCUUGUGUACAGCAUAGCAGACCGCACUGAUAAACAGCUUCUGAUUUGUCCGCCGGUAACACGGUUCUUUUUUGGUCGGAGAGAGCCGUUCCACAAACUACUGAUUCAGGGAGACUCCGCGGGCAGACUGACGGUGUGGAGCAUUCCGGAAACCUCUCCCUUACAGUCGCUGUCAUCCGCUGCAGAGCUCCAGGUUUCUGUCGGCAUUAGUCUCCAGGAGGCGUUUGAUAAGUUAGCUCCAUCUCCGGCGGGCAUCAUUGACCAGCUGAGUGUUCUGUCCGGCUCUAACGACCCCAUCAAAGUGACUGCCAGCGUUUACAUCCCGUCUCAGGGGCGACUGGUGUGCGGACGAGAAGAUGGCAGCAUCAUACUGGUUCCUGCUACGCAGACGGCCAUCGUUCAGCUACUGCAGGGAGAACACAUGCUGCGCAGAGGUUGGCCUCCUCAUCGUACCCUGAGAGGUCACAGACAAAAGGUCACGUGUCUGCUGUACCCUCACCAGGUGUCUCCACGCUACGAUCAGCGCUCGCUGGUGUCUGGAGGCGUCGAUUUCUCUGUCAUCAUCUGGGAUAUUUUCACAGGCGAGAUGAAGCACAUCUUCUGCGUUCACGGAGGAGAAAUCACACAGCUGAUCAUUCCUCCAGAAAACUGCAGCACCCGUGUCCAGCACUGUGUGUGUUCUGUGGCCAGCGAUCACUCCGUGGGUCUGUUGAGUAUGAGAGAGAGGAAGUGCAUCAUGUUGGCCUCCAGGCAUCUGUUCCCCAUCCAGGUGAUCAAAUGGAGGCCGUGCGAUGAUUAUCUGGUGGUCGGAUGUUCAGAUGGAUCCGUCUACGUGUGGCAGAUGGACACAGGAGCUCUGGACCGAUGUGUGAUGGGCAUCACUGCAGUGGAGAUACUGAAUGCGUGUGAUGAGGUGGUACCCGCGGCGCUGGACUCUCUCAAUCACCCCGCAGUGAAUCUGAAACAGGCCAUGACCCGCCGCAGUCUCGCUGCGCUCAAGAACAUGGCACAACACAAACUCCAGACCCUCGCCACCAACCUGCUGGCUGCAGACAACGCUGACAAAGGAAACCUUCCCAAAUACUCACAUAACUCGCUGGUUGUCCAGGCGAUGAAGACCAACGUCACGGAUCCAGACAUGCACGUGUUGUUUUUCGACGUGGAAGCCGUUAUCAUCCAGUUACUGACGGAAGAAUCGCAGCGCCCAAACCCCACCCUCGUCUCCCCGGAAACGCUGCAGAAAGCACCCGGCGGGGCGGAUAAAGGAGGGUCCUUCCUGGCCAAUAAGAUCUUCAAACAGGUGAAAGAGACCAUUAAAGAGAACAUCAAAGAGCACCUUCUGGACGAAGAUGAAGAUGAGGAAGAGGAGCUGCGUCGUCGCGAGGAGAAGUCAAAGUCUUUGAGUUUGCUGGAGUAUAAUCUCACCAUGGACACGGCCAAACUCUUCAUGUCCUGCCUGCACGCCUGGGGCCUGAACGGAGAACUCGACGACAUGUGUUUGAACCGACUGGGCAUGCUCAGACCGCACACGCCCAUCUCCUUCGGUCUGAUCUCUCGGGGCGGUCACAUGUCCCUGAUGCUGCCCACGUUCAAAGACUCGCUGCUCAGGCAGCUAGCACAGGGAUCUGCGGAGGACCUCAAACUCACCGUCUCUGAGGUUGUGGGCAAGGGCACGUACGGCGUUUCCAGGGCGGUAACCACGCAGCACCUGCUGUCCAUCAUCUCGCUGGCCAACACGCUGAUGGGCAUGACCAAUGCCACGUUCAUCGGAGAGCACAUGAAGAAAGCACCGGUCAGGCCCCCAAGACCAGGCACCCCCGAGACUGUGAGAAAGAGCAGCACACAGGCCUCCAGCCCGGCCAUGCAGGGACAGAUCAAACAAGGUUGGAGUCAGCUCGCUGCAAUGCAUUGUGUGAUGUUGCCUGAUCUUCUGGGUUUGGAUAAGUUCAGGCCCCCUCUUUUGGAGAUGUUGGCACGCAGAUGGCAGGACCGCUGCCUGGAGCUGCAACAACUGCAUCAAACGCGUCUGAUAACUGGAGAUCAGUCUUUCACAACACUGUUCAGAGGCGCCCAGGCCCUUCUGUUAGCAGAACUGCGUCGGAUUGGUCAGUCAGGCAGGAAGGACACCAUCGACUUGUGGGCGCCGUAUAUGCCGCAGUAUGUGGACGCUGUCAGCUCCCCGGGAGCCGCACCAGAAACCGCCCAGCCUGCCCCGCCCCCUCCUGAAGCUCCGCCCACCGAGCCCAAAGCUCCAGAGGAAGAGAUGGAUGUGACGGAUGAUGACAUCACAGCAGGUUGUCUGUCUAACCUUCCUCCCAAUGCAAAGAAGAUCUGUAACUCGUAUGAGGAGAGGAGGAAACAGGCGACCAUCGCCUUGCUGGGCGUGAUCGGGCGGAGUUUGAGCAGAGAUCGAACCCCUAAACUACCGUUGCGUGCUCGGACCAGCAAUCAGGCACCGGAGGGUUUCGGUUUGACCACCGGCGGCUCCAACUAUUCCCUCGCCCGUCACACCUGUAAGGCAUUGACGUUUCUUCUUCUACAACCUCCGAGUCCCAAACUGCCCCCUCACAGCACCAUCCGUCGCACAGCGAUCGAUCUGAUUGGUCGAGGGUUCACUGUGUGGGAACCAUAUAUGGACGUGUCGGCCGUUCUCAUGGGUCUGCUGGAGCUGUGCGUCGACGCCGAGAAACAACUGUCCAACAUCUCAAUGGGUUUGCCUCUGAGCCCAGCCGCUGAUUCCGCUCGGUCAGCCCGUCACGCCCUCUCUCUGAUCGCCACGGCACGACCGCCCGCCUUCAUCACCACCAUCGCAAGAGAGGUUCACAGACACACAGCGAUACAGUCACAGGGUUCUCAGUCGCAGCAGAACAUUCACACCACCACACUUGCACGAGCCAAAACUGAGAUCCUGCGAGUCAUCGAAAUUCUCAUCGAGAAAAUGCCGUCUGAUGUGGUGGAUCUGCUGGUGGAGGUGAUGGAUAUCAUCAUGUAUUGUAUUGAAGGAUCUCUAGUGAAGAAGAAAGGUCUGUCUGAGUGUUUCCCAGCUGUCUGCAGGUUUUAUAUGGUUGCGUAUUGUGAUCGCAAUUAUCGUAUCGCCGUUGGCGCCCGUCAGGGUUCAGUGGCGCUUUACGAUGUCCGCGCUGGAAAAUGCCAGCACAUCACCGGGCAUAAAGGACCUAUAACGGCCGUUUCCUUCGCGCCAGAUGGCCGUUACCUCGCCACCUACUCCAACGCUGAUAGUCACAUCUCAUUCUGGCAGAUGAACACGUCUCUUUUAGGCAGCAUCGGGAUGUUGAAUUCGGCUCCUCAGCUCCGCUGUAUUAAAACCUAUCAGGUUCCCCCGGUGCAGCCGGCGUCGCCUGGAUCUCAGAACGCCCUCAAACUCGCCCGGCUCAUCUGGACCUCCAACCGCAACGUCAUUCUGAUGGCCCACGACGGCAAGGAGCAUCGCUUCAUGGUCUGAGGGGGUCGCUGGGUCGGUCAUCGGGGAGUCCUUGUGACCCUUCACCCACCUGCUUCUGAACUGAGCUGUAUCCUAGCAACCAGCGGAUGGCAGUUACCGCGUUUACACUCUUGACACUCCUCUUCCUUUUUUUUAUUUUUAUUUUGUAUUUAUUUAUUUUGGAAGAUGAUAAAAUACUUUUUUUUUUUAAACAUGUCAGACGGGUUUUGGUUAGACAGAUGUAAUGGAGUUCAAAUCAUAACUGUUUUUCUUGUUUAUUUACACAAAAUCUUCAAAAAUUCACUUACUAUGUAAACCCAGUUGAUUCACUUAAGCAGUUUAAGCAGUCCGACUGUGCUUACAAAUGCAUAUUUACAAAAAAAAACAUGCACACACUUUUAAACACAUAUUUGCAAUGGUGAGGUGCCGCAGGGCUCUGUACUAGGGUCCUCUUCUGUUUUCUUCCAUCGGUGAUUAAAUCGAAGGAGGGAUUUAGUCUCAAACGCUUCACUGAC